GAACCACGUCGAGGAGUAUACCAAGGAGUGCCUCGAGGUACACGGAGAGGCACCAUGACGGUCGGACUCGGGACCAGGAGGAUAUCCAGGGUGGAGAUGAUGAAGAGCCCCUCCUGUAAACCGAAAGCUCUGAUAGGAUGCAGACACGUGCAGAUCCUCCUGGCGACGUUGGGAUUUCUGUGCUGUUACGCAGUCCGAGUGACCAUGUCAGUUGCUCUGGUUGCCAUGACCGAUCCCAAAUCAGCUAAUCCGGACUACGAGGGAUUCCAAUGGGACGAAACCACUCGGGGCUACAUCCUCAGUUCGUUCUUCUGGGGAUAUGUGCUGACACAGAUCCCAGGAGGCAUCGUAGCUCAGCGUUGGGGACCAUGCAGACUGUACGGGCUCUCUGUAGGAAUUUGCGGUCUCGCCAGUCUAUUUGGUCCGUUGGCAGCUCAUUAUGGUGGAUGGAAAGGGCUGGUAUUCUGCAGAAUAGUUGCAGGCCUUUGUCAGGGCGCUGUACUGCCAACCAUUCACACAUUACUCUCCAAAUGGGUGCCACAAGAGGAGAGGGGCAGACUAUCUGCCUUCCUUUACUCUGGUGGAUGGAUUGGCAAUGUGAUAUCCCUGCUGAGCUCUGGCGUGCUCGCAGCCUCGGACUAUGGAUGGCCUAGCUGCUUUUAUGUCUGGGGGGGCCUCACCGUACUCUGGUCAAUCGUUUGGUGUUUCCUGGGUAAGGAUUCACCCGCAGAUCACCCUAGCAUACCACAUGACGAGAAAGAGUACAUCGAGAUCAGCUUGGGAACUGUCUUGGAGGUUGGUCAGGUUCCUUCAACACCAUGGCGUCAUAUGUUGACAUCUUCUCCAUUUUGGGCUCUUCUAGUUACACAGUGUGCUCAGACUUGGGGCUUUUGGAUGCUUUUAACCGAAACUCCACUGUAUAUGAAUGCCAUCCUGGGUUUCAAUAUUCAAGAGAACGGAUAUAUGUCUUCUCUUCCUUACUUGACGGCAUGGAUCCUUAGCUUUCCAUUCAGCUUUUUAUCCGAUUUGCUCAUUAAGAAGAGAGUCAUUGGUACCGGAAUGUCACGCAAAAUAUUCAAUUCCAUCGGGCAGUACAUUCCUGCAAUAGCUCUCAUUGGUUUGGGAUAUGUACGAGCAGAUCGGCCCACUUUGGCAGUGACUAUUCUCGUAUUGGCAGUCGGAUCUAAUAUCGCCGUAUACUGUGGUCAUCAUGUCAACCAUAUGGAUCUUAGUCCAAACUUCGCUGGCACCAUGAUGGGCGUUAUCAACGCUGUAGCUAAUGUUUGGGCUAUUGCUGCUCCACUUAUCGUUUCAGAAAUUGUUAAAGAAUCGGGUAACAUUUUACAAUGGAGAAUCGUUUUCUUCUUAUCAUCUGGUAUUUAUGUUGUGGGGAAUACCAUAUUCUUACUUUUUGGAACUGCAAAAGUUCAGAAGUGGAAUGAUCCUAGUCCAAAAGAUGAGAUCGUGCUGGAAUCAGCCCGACAGACCAUUUUAAGCCAACCUGAUUUGAAUCAUUCACUUCCACUGAAAAGUGAAACCACUGAAUUGCAUAAUUGUUCUCAAGACGAAUGCAGUGCCGAUGAUCGUCACUAGCAGAGUUACAUAUGUCAC